AUGGGGAGGAAACCGAGGGACCCAGCCUGGAAGGGGGGAACACGGGGGUUCGGCCUGGGACAGGUCUCCCCCCCGGGCAACCAAGGACCGCGAGGGGGCGGCGACCUUGCGCUACCCCGCCGGUACCGGGGCCGGCAAACUGCCGGCCUCCGCGGGGGGGGGCUCCGUUGGCCCCCGUCGCCCCCUGGGCUCUGCGGGCGGGUCCCCACCUCCUGGUCAGUGUGCACCUCCAGAAACGCAUCGGGCCGCGGGGGGGGAGGGUCCGGUGGCCCCCGAGCCCGGCUAGCCACCCAGCCGUGGCUCGGCGACGCAGCUGUGGGGCGCGGGGAGUCAGCCGCCGGCACCGGCAUCGUCGACUCGGACCCUCUGUACGAGGCGGUGCUGAGGACGCUGGUGCUGGAGCUUGGCCUCGACGCGGCGGACGAGCUGCCAGAGCUCUGGCUCGGCCAGCACGAGUUCGACUUGCCCGCGGACCUGCCGGCCGUCUGCUGA